AUGGUGGAGUUGCAAGUUUCGACAGAUUUAUCGUCCACCGAGUUGUCAGUAACGGCACCUGCCACUGCAGAAGUUGACGAGAUCGAGGCGCCGUCCAACAUCUCGUCAUCUUUGCCACAUGUUCGGCCGAUCGAAGCCGACGUGCUACAGUCAAGUCUGAUGUGUAACACGGCAGCAGUGCAGUUUGAUGGUGCCGAGUUUGAAAACUGUUCGACGAAACCAUCGGUCCAUCAGGCUGCAAAUGGUAUCCAGGAUAUGGUGGUAACCCGCGGCGGCUGCAGUGACGCAGUCACGAACCCGACGGUAACCGCGGUAUUUCCCAGACACGAUGUACUCGAUAUCGAGUUACCUUCCGUUGCAUCCAUGGUGGAGUUGCAAGUUUCGACAGAUUUAUCGUCCACCGAGUUGUCAGUAACGGCACCUGCCACUGCAGAAGUUGACGAGAUCAAGGCGCCGUCCAACAUCUCGUCAUCUUUGCCACAUGUUCGGCCGAUCGAAGCCGACGUGCUGCAGUCUAGUCCGGCGCACAACACGGCAGCGUUGCAGUUUGACGGUGACGAGUCUAUAAAUUGUUCGGCGAAACCAUCGGUCUACCAGGCAAAUGGUAUCCGGGAUAUGGUGGUAACCCGCGGCGGCUGCAGUGAUGCAGUCACGAACCCGACGGUAACCGCGGUAAUUCCCAAACGCCGCUCUCUGUGGAGCCGGACGAAGAGAUUCGUCCGGCGAAUGCUUUGUUGCGGCCGCGGCGCUGUAUCGGCAUAG